AUGCCGGGAGGAGAGCGCGGUGUCGCCAUGUGUCUCCUCUUGGGAGCCGCGGGUGUCGGCAAGACGCUGCUGGUGAAGCGACUGCAGAAGCUGAGCGCCCACGACGGGAAGGGCGACCUGGGGGACCCGCCUCCGACGCGGCCCACGGUGGGCACCAACCUCACCGACAUCGUGGCCCAGAAGAAGAUCACCAUCAGGGAGCUGGGGGGAUGCAUGAGCCCCAUCUGGCCCAGUUACUAUGGAACCUGCCGUGCUCUCCUGUUUGUGCUGGAUGCCUCUGACCCCACGCAGCUCUCUGCGUCCUGUGCUCACCUCCUGGGUCUCCUUUCCUCAGAAGAGCUGGCAGAGGCCUCGGUCCUGGUACUCUUCAAUAAAACUGACCUGCCCUGUUACAUGACCGUGGAGGAGAUGAAGUCGUUAAUGAGGCUCCCAGACAUCAUCGCCUGCGCCAAGCAGUGCAUCAGCACAGCGGAAAUCAGCGCCUGGGAAGGCACUGGAUUGGCGGGGGUGCUGCGCUGGCUCCAGGACACCCACAGAGCCAGCCGUUGA